UAGAGGAAGUUCUAAUCAGAAUAUGAGCUUUUUCUCGUUUUUGUCACAUUCUGGAGCUGAAACUGCCAACUGAGUGAGAUGUCCUGUAAAAACUGGGCACAAAAUGCAUGAUAGCAAUCGACUGGAGAAAAAUAUUUUACCAGUUGAAUGGCUGGGAACCUCAAAUUACCAGCAUCCAAGAAAGCAUUCUAUUACCAUUACCCUGAAUCAAGUCUUGGUUGUAUCCACAGUCAUAUGUCUGUUAUUUAUAUUGCUUGGUAUAAUUAUGAGUUUGUUAGUAACUGGAAGAAAAUUGCAUCAGAUAUCAUCAGAGUGUUUUGAAGCCGCAUGCCCAGAAACCUGGAUUGGUUUCCAAAGAAAGUGUUUCUAUUUUUCUGAUGACAUCAAGAAUUGGACAUUCAGCCAGAGGUUUUGUGACUCACAUGGUGCUGAUCUUGUUCAGGUUGAAACUAUCCAGGAACUGAAUUUCCUAUUGAGGUAUAAAGGCCCUUAUGACCACUGGAUUGGGCUCAGCAGAGAACAAGGCCAACCAUGGAAAUGGAUAAAUGGCACUGAAUGGACCAGCUGUUUUCCUAUCAGAGGAGGAGGAGAAUGUGCCUAUUUGAAUGACAAAGGUGCCAGUAGUGCUAGGCAUUACACGGAGAGGAAGUGGAUCUGUUCCAAACCAUACGCAUAUGCCCAGACGCAGAGACAAAGCUCUAUCUGAUCUUCAUAUACUCAUUGUAACACAUCACUAAAUUUUUAUUUUUCAUUUUG